AUGGACCUGCUGGAUCAAGUCAUGAUGACCUUGCAUCUCAUGGGAAUGAAGAGCAUCAAACACAUGUGUGCACAUGCUCAGGAACCACGGAGCAGUGCACCAAUAACUGGGUACAAGCGUCAGAGAACUAAAGCAGUUAUUGCACGGGGGAAGCGCCCUGAUGAUAUCAUUAGUAACGAGAAUAGUAACGAGAGCCAAGCUGCAGAUGCUAGGAAUAAAAAUGUCGAAGGUGCAGACGUCGACCAACCUCCAAAAGCAAAACGCCAGAAGACGGGAGGCACUGAGGGUUGUAGGAACAGGGCAUCCCCUGCAAGGCUCUUCAAGUUGAACAAGGACUUUGUUCCUGACCAAAAGGGUGUCAUCAUUGGAAAAGAAUUUGGUGGCAUUCUGGACCUUGCAGCGAGUAGCAUGCCCGGAGGUCUUAGCCAGUGGAUAAUGAAGCAUUACGACCCGGAGAUUUCGCAGAUAGUCAUUCUAGAAAGGGGUAAGAUUCAUGUAGAUGCCGCAAGUGUCCGUAGGAUAUGGGGUUUGCCCAACAGGGGCAGGAAGGUGUGCUUCGAGAAUCGGCGUGAAAUCACAAAGGCAAUGUACAGUAUUUACAACAUCACAACCAAGAGCUCCCCAACCCUCACAGAAUGGUGCAAGAUGAUCAUAUACAUGGGAGGAUCUUAUGAUGAUGACUUUGUCCGCGCUUGGCUAGCUCUUGUUUUUUCGUGCUUCCUUGCCCCUUCAACUAGUUUGAGUAUUUCCCCAAAAAGCUUCCUGGCAGUCAUGGAUGUCAAUGGAAUAACGGAAACCAAUAUAUGCCAGUUUGUUGUUGAUCAACUAAAGCUUGCGUUCACUUCGGGGCGUGGCAACAAGAAGGCCGUUUGUUGUUGUGUUUUCCACCUUGUUCUGUUGUACCUAGACUCUCUGGAUGUUGAUGAGCCAAUCCCGAACUUGGUACCAAGGGUUUCAGUUUGGAAUUCAGAUUUAAUUUCCAAAGUUAUCAAGAAGGACAGGAAGGCUCCAGGAGAAUAUGGCCAAUUGCGGGUAACUCAAUUUUUCUGUUUUAGGAUAUAUAUAUUAUUGUCAUAUUGUUUUUAGGCAACACUACCAUUUUAGAGUAGGCAAUUCACUUUGAAAGAGCAAGCAAGGUAAUGUAACUUUUUGGGCAAGUGUUUCACAUAUAUUUCAAGUAGGUCCAAGUAGUUACCAGACUUCUUCGAACCUUUUUCGUUUGCCAUGCACACAGUUGGAUAAUGUUCACAGGAAGGAUUUGUUGGGUUGUUGUAUUUAAUAGUAGCUGCUGUAGUACAUUUUAGCUCUUUUUUGUGUGUGUGCAAUUUACAUGUUGAAAAGUAGCAAGUUUAUACAACAACACAAGCAACUUAUGUUCUGAAAACUAGCAACUUGCAUACCAGUUCUUCAUUUUUGCUGAUUACAGUAUCCACUAAUAGUAGGCAACAGGGAAGUGGCAUAAUGGUUGCAGGAAUUUUCAGACAAUUAGUACUACUAUUUUUCUUCAUUUUCUCAGUUCUUCUUGGUAUGGGAGUGCCAGAAUUGUUGUCACUCAUAGUUUUUUUUAAUCUUCUUUGGCUAUAAACCACCAUAUCCAGACGGAGUUUUCCCGGUGUGCGGAUGAUAGCUUGUUUGGCAGUAUGGACCACAUCACCAAAUUUGUUGCCACAAGAUUGCCCGAGUCGUAUGACAAAACAGUAAGUUAUCUAGCACUUGUUUUCCCUCUCAAUGUUGUUCCCCUUUUUAUCGCCAUUUGUACAUUCAACCCUUUUUGUAACACCCACGAUGCGGCUAUAUCUCCCACGUGUCGAGGCACGACUUAGAGGCAUAAC